AUGCCAACGUGCUGCGGAUGCGUAGACACUAAGGAAGGUGGGCAACAUAUUGAUGGCUACGAAAAACAUGUGAGACAAAGGGAAAGCAAUAUCGUUUCCCUUCUAUUCAUGGUUGUCCCACUGGUGGUCACAAAAAUCUUACUGCUUAUACUGCUUAUACUGACCAUACAAAAACUGAAAACUAUUAGAAAGCAUCACGGUGAUCAAAAGCCACCUCAUCGUUCGGAUGAAGGAAAGGAAAAGAGCAGAGAUAGCGCAGAAUUAACGAUGUCGAAUGAACCGUCCAAGGAAAGUACAACACCAUCGAAGGAAUCUGUUACACAAGCUAAAAGUCUUUGA